UCCACAGCACACUGCGCCUUUUCCCUCCGCCUGUCCACAUCUGAUCCGGAUACAUCCAACUACUUGUCGGGUUUGGAUCACAGUUUAUUCCUUUUAAAUUUCUUCACUUGAUCGCUUUCUCUCUUUCUUUCUUUCUUUCUUUUUUUUCAGUUAACCUAGAUUCAACAAUUGGCGGUUUGGUGCUUAAAAUGUCUUUGACAGCUCUCCAAACACAUGCGCUAAACAGUGUCAUCCUAAUGAGGCAACAAGCUUCCCAGUGGCUGUGUUGUUGAAGGUGGCUGUGUGAAAUAUGCACAAGGCUGAUGUUGUGCGGCAACAGAGGAAACUACAGGCAUAGGUUGAUGCACACCUUCUGGAGCUACUUCCAUCUCCGACAGGUGUGCGGCUGUGCGCAAAGCGGAUCUGGCUGCUGCGCAAAGUGCGUAUAUUCUCCGUGCAGACAGGCGUCCUAGGUCCGUGUCCAACUAUUUGGACAAAACGGCGAGUGCUUCUAACAUGUGGAACCGGGACACAUGCAACAGAGAGCCCUAAACAAGAGGAGGAGUCGACACCGUGAAAAUAUGGGACUUGCCGUGCUUUUCAGAUGGCUUGUAUUCACAGUGGUGGUGCCUGCCUGGUUGCUUGCUGCUCCAACCGGGAUCCGAGAGCGUCCCUGCCCCCAGAGCUGUAGAUGUGAUGGGAAAAUAAUAUACUGCGAAUCCAAUGCCUUCCGUGAUGUGCCAAGUAAUGUGUCGGUAGGCACACAGGGUCUCUCCCUGCGUUACAACAGUCUGGUCAACCUCAGAUCGCACCAGUUCGCAGGCCUGAGUCAACUGGUUUGGUUGUACCUGGACCACAAUUACAUUAAUGCGGUGGAUGGCCAAGCAUUCCAUGGCAUACGGAGGCUCAAAGAGUUGAUUCUCAGCUCCAAUAAAAUCCCACUGCUAAAAAACAACACUUUCCACGAUGUUCCUAAUUUGCGUAACCUUGACCUGUCUUACAAUAAACUGCAGGUUCUCCAGCCGAAUCAGUUUGUGGGUUUACGGAAACUACUUAGUUUACACUUAAGAUCAAAUUCCUUAAAAACCAUCCCCAUGAGAGUUUUUCUUGACUGUCGCAACCUGGAAUUUCUAGAUAUUGGCUACAACAGGCUGCGGAGCCUCACACGUAAUGCCUUUGCAGGACUCCUUAAGCUUAUUGAGCUACAUUUGGAGCACAACCAGUUUUCAAAGAUAAAUUUUGCCCAUUUCCCCCGCCUGACUAAUCUGAGGGCGCUGUAUUUGCAGUGGAAUCGUAUCAAAAUGCUAACCCAGGGCCCGCCGUGGAUGUGGACCUCUCUGCAAAAGCUCGAUCUCUCAGGAAAUGAACUCCAAGUGUUGGAUCCAAGCACUUUUCAAUGCCUCCCUAAUCUCCAAACUCUUAACCUGGACUCCAACAAACUCACUAAUGUGUCCCAGCAGACGGUGGAGGCUUGGAUCUCCCUCACUACCAUCAGUCUGGCUGGUAAUUUGUGGUACUGUAAUCUCAAUAUAUGUCCCCUAGUGGCCUGGCUAAAGGCCUUUAAGGGCAACAAGGAGACAACUAUGAUUUGUGCCGGCCCUAAGGAGGCACAAGGAGAGAAAGUGAAUGAUGUGGUGGAAACUUAUAAUGUCUGUACAGCAACACCGACCCCUAUUCCCUCAACGACAUCAGCCCGCACCUCUGUUUUUCAACCGGAGCUGAAGCCUCUUCCUACACAGUCUGUGAUGGAUAAGACACUGAUCUGGAACAGGACAGUCUCUCCCACCCCCUCAGAGGCCUCCCCCACUAUUCCAUUGCCAGACACUGAGUAUGUGUCCUUCCACAAGAUCAUAGCUGGUAGCGUGGCCCUUCUCUUAUCUGUGGCUAUAAUUCUCCUGGUUAUCUAUGUCUCAUGGAAGCGCUAUCCCAGCAGUAUCAAGCAGCUUCAACAGCGCUCAGCGGUUAAAAAGCGCCAGAAAAAGGCACGGGAGACUGAGCGCUCCCUUAAUUCACCAUUGCAAGAGUACUAUGUGGACUACAAGCCUUCACACUCAGAGACUAUGGAUGUGCUGGUUAAUGGGACAGGACCUUACACAUACACCAUCUCAGGCUCCAGGGAAUGCGAGAUACCGCGGCAGCUGAGUGCUCUAACAUUGUACAGGUAUGAGCAGUCGGUUCUGGAUUACUGCCAAGCCCACCUGUCGCUGCACCUCAACAUGGGCAUGGAGCCCUCCACUCAGGCACUGGGAGGACCGAGGCCGGCCGGGUACCACCCACACCUGAUAGGUGCCCUCCCCUCCGAGCCUGUGCUGCCUUGCCCCCAGACCCACUCCCUCCAUCAGUGAGCUGUGCCCACUGUGACUGCGUCUGAACCUGCUUCUGUAUGUCUGCUGUACAGAGUCACUGGACCUCGAAUCAAACACGAUCUGUGUGGGAGGGUAUCUGGACUUGAACAGAAGUAAAGAAGACUAUUAAUCUGCAGCAGAGCAUCCUGGACCCUGGGUAAUAAAAAUGAAACUAUAUCUCAGUGGAAAUAACGGGGUGCAGCAGUAUUGAUUACGGAGCUUCUACAUGACCCUAAACGUCCUCAAUUUAGUAAAGGAAGCUGGACAGCAGCUUGACUUUCCACGUUCUGCUCUGCCUCUUGAGGAGUAUUAAGGAUAAUAAGUUAAUGAUUUGUUAAUCUUAUUAAACUCGUUUCCUUGACUUUUCCUCAAAUGGGCACCUCUGCUGUGUCAGGGAAAUCAAUCACAUGCAAAAUGCUACAAACAGAGCAGGGAAACAGCAUGAUAAGCAAAUGAGUAGCAGAACAAAUGAAAGAUUAGCCAAGCUAAAAGGGUUUCUGCUGCUUUUUCUGAUCACGCUGUCAGUCAGAGGUCUUUCUCUAACUCAUGUCCCUGUAGCAUUUCCAUCUGCAGAAAAGAACAGCUCGAGUGAGUUUCCCCAAAACAACCCAAGUCAGAAAAUAAUGGACAGUUAUUUGUCAUUUAAAAUGUACAGCCUACACAUCUUGCCAGCGGUAAGUUUAAUUUACAUGGUGACUUUUCUUUUCCUUAAUGAUUUGUGAUGUUGAUCACGUUAUAACUCAUUUGAUCGAGCUGAGAAAUAAACAGAUGAAUAGAACAGAUGAAAAACAGAUAGCGUGUACAGAUCUUUGAGCACAGGGACAUUUGCAUAUUUACUUUUUAAUCAUCCAUUUAAAGAACUUUUGUUGUUAUGGGUUUUUGUUUGAAAGUGUGCUCAUCCAACAAUUAAAUGAUUGUGCGCUUCAGCCACACUCAUAAAUCCACGUGUGUGUACAAUAUAAUAUAUGGUAAAUAAACUGUGGUAAAUGAUUCAUUCAUCAACAUCAGUGGGAUCAACCUAAACUACUGUUGGCUGUAUUUAAACAGCUGCGUAGGAGGUUGGCACAGCAGCGAAGGGUUAAUAAUGAUGUCUGGUUUUUUGGCCAAGUGAUCAUCAUCAUUAUGGUAACUCUCACUCUCUAUUUUCUUCUCUUGUGACUGUGUGUGACCGUUAUCUGACGUAAUACAGACUCUCAGAGCUUGCCUUGUGGACUUCUAACUCAUUUAUUGCUUCCUGGAAAGGAAAACUUGUAAACAAACCAACACCCAAUUAUGGUCCUGGAUAUUAAUAGACAUCAGCUCCGUGUUUUCUGCACACAAACAGUGUGUCAUUAAAAUGGUGAAAUGUGGCAUAAUUGGAACAUUUUGUCAGUUGGGAAUUGUGUAUCAGUAGCCCCUUUUACACAGCACUUCUGUUACCGGAAUAUUUUGCCUUUAUUGCGGAACAACGUGUAAAUGAAAUGGUGGGAUCAUUUGGUCCCACCUUUAUCGCAGCUCUGUAACACCUCUGGCGGUAAUAACAGAACCAUGAUAAAAGUGGAAUCAUGGUUCUGGAAUGCUAUGUAAAAGGAACACCUCUCAUUCCGCAACCAAGGUGUGACGUUUUGCUGUCGUAUUGUGUGUGUGACCCCCGCGCUGGUGGGAUUUAAAAAUGAGAGUGGGUCGCGUACAAUAAACCAACAUAUCAACGCGACCAGAAAGAUGUCGACUUGGGGAGACACCGAAAUCCGCUAGCUGUUGUCACUUCAGGCGGAAGACUCUAUCCAUGCUAACAUUUGUGGAACGGUGACAGAUGGACCGACUCUGGAGAGGUUAGCAACACAGCUAUGCUCGUGGUAUUUCUGAUGCACAAGUUAUACGUCACACUAUACACUGCGCUGCGUCAAAGCCCCUUUGUUUCCAGAAUGCAGGUCCGCUGUGUAACAGUCCAGCCUGUCUCACCUCUGUUACUCCUUUGGCUUGACUGCGGAAAUCGGUCAGUGGUGAAAAAAAGGUGGGAUCACCAUUUCACCUUUUUUCCGGGAUCUCUGUGUAAAAGUGGCUACUGAUUGGCUUUUUGCAUUAUUGAUUUAGUUCAAAAAGUGAUUUUUUUUAACAUGUUAUACAACAAAUUGAACUGUCAGAGAAUAUUAUAUUUAUCUGGUAACACUUGAGGUGCACAUUUUAACCUUUAACUAGUUGUUUAUCAGCAUAGAUAUUAGCACAUUGGGUAUUUAUUACUCACUAUAAAGCACAAAUUGUUGCCUUAUUCUCCAUGAUCAUAUUCUACAACUCGCAAAUCAUGAUCCAACAGUUUCCCUCUAUAAUCUCUAAAUUAUUGCUUAUUGAUAGUGUGUAAGCUAUUGUACAUGAAUUAUGAUCUUGAUUUGCUCAGUAUAGGACCUAUAUGUUAGUGGUAGAAAUAUUUUACCUUUUAUUACAUGAUACUAUUGUGUUUAUGACCUGAAUGCUCUUCUUAUGAUUUUUUUUUAAAUUUUUUUUUUAUUGCAGGUAUUGGCAGUAAUUAAAUGUUUUCAGGCCUUGUUUUAGUUUUUGGGUGAACCCUAGGGAAAGUAACAGCAGCUUAAGUACAUAAGGAAGUGAACCGCACUUGAAAAUAUCUUCUAUUCUCAUCUAACAAAACCUAAUCACACACUGUAUUGCAUUUCCACAACAAUGUAUAUAAAACUUACUAUGCCCAGAAUCUACAUAUUUAUAUUUUAUUGGCUUAUAUACUUACAUUAUACCAUACAUUUCCAACCAUUGCUCAAAAUCUGAGAAAUCCAUAAUUUAUUCAGUGCAAUGGUUCAUUUAACUUUGUUGGCUGUCAGUGCUGUCAUAUUCUAUUUACUAUAUUAUAAUAAGUACAAUUUAUUACAGCUUCUUACAGUUUCUUCACUCAGAUUGGAUGACAUAACAUGAAUAUACCUCACUAAAAUUUAUCCGAAUGAAACUGCAAAUUGUUGUAUUGAGUUUAGGAACUGAAGUGGUAGAUGUACAGUUCAUGGCACUAUUUUUUUUAUCUCAGAGAUGUGUACCAGCAUGAAUUGUAUAUUGUAUGUUGUCUAAAGUGGGGUCUUGCGCCUAUCUAAUUCAGUUUUUCAUGGUCUAAUAGCUGUAGAAUAUAGUUAUGCAACAUAAGACAGUAUGUGCUUCAUAAUGAUUUAAUACAAAGGUGAUAUGCCACAAAUAUCUAAAUUAAUUUACACUAGUUAUAGUUAAUAUGUGCAUUAACAAAGUGCUACAAUUUAUUUUUAUGUUUUAUAAAAAUAUUUGCAUUUUGUUGUUUUUUUGCACAAUAUUCUGUUGUAUUUCAGGAUCAUGAUCGAAAUUGUAUCAAUUUUCAGCCAUGUCUAAGCUCUAAUCUGAAUAUUUUCAGCUUGAUUGUAUAAAAUCAGUCAUCUGUCAAAGUAAUCACACAUGAAAGGUGCAUUGAUUGUGUACAAUUGCACACUUGUAUCGCGCAUUUUCAAUGAAUCCUCAAUAACAGACGUUUUUAAAUGCUU